ACUUUGCGUCUGACGUCAUUCCCCCUAGUAACCCUCGGCGGCGUCUCCAAGAGAGAAGGCAACAAGAUGGGAUUGCUGUCUAUCCUGCGUAAGCUAAAGAGCACACCAGACCAGGAGGUGAGGAUACUUCUUCUGGGUCUGGACAACGGCGGGAAGACCACCCUGCUCAAACAGCUGGCAUCUGAGGACAUCAGCCACAUCACCCCCACACAGGGAUUUAACAUUAAAAGCGUCCAGUCUCAGGGUUUUAAACUGAAUGUUUGGGACAUUGGGGGCCAGAGGAAGAUCAGGCCGUACUGGAGAAACUACUUUGAAAAUACAGAUGUGCUGAUUUAUGUAAUUGACAGCGCUGACAGAAAGAGAUUUGAGGAGACAGGUCAGGAGCUGGCUGAGUUGUUGGAUGAAGAGAAGUUGAGUGGCGUUCCAGUGCUGAUCUUUGCAAACAAGCAGGACCUGCUGACAGCCGCCCCGGCCUCGGAGAUCGCUGAGGGACUGAAUCUGCACACCAUCCGGGAUCGCAUGUGGCAGAUCCAGUCCUGCUCGGCCCUCACUGGGGAGGGCAUUCAGGAGGGCAUGAAUUGGGUGUGCAAGAGCGUCAACUCCAAGAAAAAAUAGCUUUGCUUCUAGUCUACAGCACCUACACAUACACUGACACACACUGCACCCUCCUGAGCCUUAGUACGAUGGAUAUACCUGUGAAUGUAAACACACUACUAAUUCAACAUGGACCUGGAGAUUUAAAUCCCCCUGCAUUCCCAAAUUGCUGAUGUUUACUUAUCUCAGAACAUCUACAAAGAGGAGGGCGUUUUGACUUUAAAGGGAACACAUGCCAGGAAAUUGACCUCCUCCACCCAGACUACCUGCGUCACCAUCCGCCGCCUGUCCCAACCUCAAAACAUUCCCAUUAAACUGCCGUCUUUCAUUGGAAUUCCAGCCUGUCCUUUAACCUCUUUCACACACUGUCCUGGAAACCAGUCCCCUUUUCCUUUUCCUUUUCCUCCUCCUCCCUCCUCCUCCUCCUCCUCCUCCUCCUCCUCCUC